CUUUUUAUUACAGACGUUUGUCAUUCCACCAUGGUCCAGGCAGGUUUACGGCGAUGGAUGAAUUGAACGGUGUCUAUUUCCAAGCUUACGCAUUUUCCCAACAUCUCCAAAAAUCGAUUAUAUUGUAAAAUAUAAUUUCAGAUGUCGGUAUGCUAAUUAGCUUCAGUGGUGUAUUGCAAAUACCGAGGUAACCGCUAGUUAACGCUAGUAAUUGCGAUUUUUUGCAUUUUUACUCAGAUGAUCUAGGCUGUCCGAGAACGAUUAUUUCAUUUAUCGUAUUUUUUGCACGUUAACUGUUCUCAGUUCAAAUACUAGGGGGCCUUUAUAGCAAUCUACCUUCCACUUGGACACAGUGAGGAAAGGAUUAAGUUACCACUGGGGAGGGAUUAUUUAUUGACUCUCUUGCUUCAUCGGUUGCAAUCGGGUGUCCCUUGCACAUAAGCAACAUUGUUCGAGUUUGAGUCAUGUCCUUCCGGCGGGGUGUGGUCAGACAGAGUAAAUUCAGGCACGUCUUCGCCCAGGCGUGGAAGACGGAGCAUUGCCUGGACGAUGUCAGGGUGACACGGGUCACCUGGGAGGCGCCCCUCUGUGCGCCCAACCCCAAGUUCAUCGCCGUGAUCGUGGAGGCGGGAGGCGGCGGGGCUUUCCUUGUGCUGCCCCUCAACAAGAGUGGACGCGUUGACCAGAACACCCCAACUGUCUGCGGCCACGCAGCCCCGGUGCUUGACGUGCAGUGGUGUCCCCAUGACGACAACGUGAUUGCUAGCGCCUCGGAGGACUGCACAGUGAAGGUAUGGCAGAUCCCGGACGAAGGACUUAAGGCUCCAAUGACUGAGGCUGUUGUGACGCUGGAAGGGCACAGCAAAAGAGUGGGCAUUCUAGCCUGGCACCCCACUGCUCUCAAUAUCCUGCUGACCGCUGGUUGUGACAACCUGGUGUGUGUCUGGGACGUGGGGACGGGGGAGCUGGUGUACCAGCUGAGCGAUGCCCACCCAGACCUGAUCUACAGCGUGUGCUGGAACAGGGAGGGCAGCGUCGUGUGCACCACCUGCAAGGACAAGGCCCUGCGCAUCAUCGACCCGCGCCGGGGGACCGUCCUCAAGGUGAAGGAGAAGGCCCACGAUGGCACCAGACCAAUGAGGGCAGUGUUCCUGUCUGACGGGAAGAUCCUCACAACGGGGUUCAGCCGCAUGAGCGAGAGGCAGUUGGCAUUAUGGGACACGAAUGAUCUCACAGAGCCCAUGGCUGUCCAGGAGAUGGACACUAGUAAUGGAGUUUUGCUGCCGUUCUAUGACCCAGACACCAGCAUGGUCUAUCUGUGUGGAAAGGGUGACUGCACCAUCCGUUACUUUGAGGUGACGGACGAGUCCCCGUAUGUCCACUUCAUCAGUCUGUACAGCAGCAAGGAGCCACAGAGGGGAGCCGGCUUCCUCUGCAAGAGAGGGGUGGACGUCAACAAGUGUGAGAUAGCCAGGUUCUACAAACUUCAUGAGAGGAAGGUGGAACCCAUUUCCAUGACCGUGCCACGCAAGUCCGACCUCUUCCAGGGGGAUCUUUAUCCCGACACAGCAGGGUCGGAGCCCUCUCUGCUCGCGGAGGAUUGGAUCGCUGGACAGGACGCCCCGCCCAUCCUCAUCUCGUUGAGCGGUGGCUACGUGGCCCCGCCCUCCAAGCAGAGAGACACGCUGCGGGGCCGCCCCAAACUGCCCCCCCAGAGUGACGACUCCGGACCCGCCGCCACGGCAACCCCCGUCGUCAAGGAGACGGAGGUCGAAACUACCGCCCCAGCGAGGGUAGCCCAGGAGACGGAGGCUGUGCCAGACAGGGCGAAGGAGGACGAUCAGCUGAAUGAGAUCCUGACGGAAGUGAAGGCCCUGAAGGCGGUGGUCCAGGCUCAGGGGCAGCGCAUCGACAUGCUGGAAAGGCAGUUGGCUCGCAUCGAAGACGGAGACGUCUGAGUCCCAGAGCGGCGGUGUACACAUUCCUUCUAACACCCCACCCCGACCCCCAGCCCAUAGCCUUACAACAUCCUCUAGUAGCUUAAUUAUAUUGUGAUGAAUCAUGGGAGAUGUAGUUUACUGAGGACUAGUGAGGUACAAGAUUUCAAAAGGACAGUAAGGAUGUCUCCUAAUAGGAUUGAAUACUCAUGUCACUGUACUGACUACAAAAAAAAAGGACCAGGAGACUAGUUAAUACGUUCAUUACACUAAUGCUGCAUUAAUUUCAACGAUGAAGAAUCAUUAGUGACAUGCCUACAGAGUAAGAAGCAGAUCUUGAGCACCAAGGCUUUUAGAGAUAGCUUGAAUUGUUGUUUCCAGUGAAGGAGAGCGAAAAAACUGACCGAAUAAGAAACUUAGCAACCUUAUUCUCCACAUUGUGCUCAAGGGCUCAGUUAUCAGGUGGUUUUGUUUGCUGCUAACUCUAAGCUCCAUAUCACUGUUCUGUUUGAGAGUGUGCAUAUUAAGUACAUGCACUACCUCAGGUGGGUGGGGCUGAUUCACUUCUCCCACUGUGGCUUUUCUAUAGUAUCUAUCUUUACAUUACAGUCCUCCUAAUUUAUAUAGUAGGGAUUUUUUUUUAUUUUGGUUUGGAUUUGGUUUUUGAAAAACCUGAGCCUUUGAAGCUACUCCAGUAACUAACAUAUUUGCUGCACUGCUUACAACAGCUGAAUUGUAGUUAAUGCUGCAUAUAAGCAUUCCAAGAUAAGUGAGACUGUUGGGUGUGAUUACGUUACCUUUAGGCUAGUUUUUGUAUAUGAUCAUUGUUAUUUUUUACUACCAGAUAUCUUGAACUGUGUAAGUCUAAAUAACACAACUAGCUCAUUUAAUUAAUCAGUGUGUUACGCUGAUUGAUUCUUGUAUGUGUGUGUGCGUGCGUGUCUUUGAUUUUGCACUUAAUUAUUACGUACCUUGUGAUGAGAGGGAUUAAUAAGCAAUAGAAGCUACCUAGCAAAUGUGUUGGCAUUUUUUUUAAGAACCUCAAGAUAGGUUGAUUCACCUUUCCUGUUCUCUUGUAGGACAGCAAACUUGACACUCGCCUGUUGUUAGGAAGGUCACAAUGAUUUUCUGUAUAUCCUAAUGAAGAUUAAAUUGAUUACAUUUUUCUCCCAAUUAUCAAGUACCUCUUAUGUGGCAUCAUGGUUACAAUCAAGGAUGGGUCUAAAACUCCUCAUCCUCAUUUUUUGAUUUGUCAAUCUUUUUUUUCCUGCGUAUACGCUUUAAUUUGUCAUAAUUUUUUGUGUUUUGAAACUAGCGAUGUAGUAGAGAAUAAAUCUCUUGGGCUUUCCAAUAAACACUAAAAUACAACUUCCA